AUGGCUGCGGGCUCGCCGUCUCGCACGCCGCCGGAUGCGGUCGACGCACCACCGCAGCCGGCAGAAGACCCUCUUCGCGCGCUGCGACCCUUCAAGCCGCCUUCCGCCUCGGAGCCGCGCGAAGACGGCGUCGCGCUGGACAGCGCUGCGGUGCGGCGCUCCCCGCGAUGGACGGCGGCGGGCGUGGGCAAUCUUGCGCUGCUGGCGGUGUGCUUCGCGCUGGGGUGGGCGGCGCUGUUCGUGCAGGUCGCCACCACCACCGUCGCCGCCAGGCAGUGGGGCGGCACCGCCUUCAGCACCGUGCCUUACGGCGUGUUAGCGGCGGCGCAUGCUCUCUGGGCGCUCCCCGCGCAGCUGAUCAUCCGCGCAUCGCGUUCCGCGCGCCCCUCGUUCAUCGCGGGGGGCGCGCUGGGCGUCCUGGGGAACGCGCUCUUCGCGGUCGCUGCUGCCCUCGCGCACGACUCCCCUUCCUCCUCCUCCGCCUCCCCCGCACCCCCCACGCAGCCCGCCCCCAUGGCGCUGCUGUGCGCGGGCGCGCUAUUCGCGGGGCUCGCCAAUGCGUACAUCAACUUCCUGCGCUUCGAAGCCGCGCGCUUCGCACCCUCCGCCGCCCACCUGCCUACCGCGAUCUCCGCCGUGGUGGCAGGGGGCGUGGUGGGCGGCGGCAUGGGGCCCAUCAUCAGCUGCGUGACACGUGGCGUGAUCCCAGGCCACGAGUUCCUGGCGACGUACCUGGUGUCGUGUGGACUGUUCCUCCUGGAGAUGCUGCUCGUCGCUCUCAUCCCGCUCCAUGGGGGGGGCGCCACACGCGCACUCCACCACGGCACGCGCGGGGACAGCUGUGGUAGCACUGGUGAUGGUGCAGGGAGCGCGAGGGGAGACAAGGAAGAGGGUGGGCUUGGGGACGGCUUGGGUCGGGUUGAGGAUGGAGGCUGUCAGGAGGAGGGAGGGCGGCAGGAGGGGGAGAGAGCGGUGAUUGUGGGGGAAUGGGAUGGGCGAGAGAGUGGAGAGGGCGGAGAAGGCGCAGGAAGUGUUGGCAAGCUCAAGAGCAACAGCAGGUGUGAGGCCGAGCAGGACAGUGUGGGUGCAAGCAGGGCGGGUGGGUGGUGCUGCGCUGGUGCCGUGUCCGAGGGGCGAAAGAAGGGCGGAGGGAGGGUGGGUGACGGGCAUGCAUGUAGCAGCGGGGUUCAUGCGGUGGAGGGGGGAGGAGAGGUGCAUGGCAGCAUGCAGGGCGAGCGGGAUGAUGCACGGUGCACGGGCAUGGCAGAUGGGUGCGAUGACGAUGAUGAUGCUGAUGGUGAUGGUGAUGGUGAUGCUGAUGGUGAUGGUGAUGGUGAUGGUGAUGGGAAGGAAAUUGUGGGGCAAGAAGUGGAAGCAGGGGCGGGGCGGGAGGACGGCGAGGCGGUGAUGGUGCUGGUGGGUGCAGGGAGGGGCGGCGAGGGCAAUGGGAGCACAGGAGCAGGGGAGGAGGAGCAGGGCAGGAGGCGGUGGUAUGAGGUGAUGCGACAGCCAGGCGUGGUGGUGGCGGUGGCAGCAGCGACGGUGGCGUAUGCGGGCAUGGCGACCAUCAUGCUCACUGCCGUCAUUGCCAUGCUCGCCGUGCAGCCAGGCACAGACGAUGUGGACCUAGAGGGCCAGUUGGGGGCAGUGAUAUCGUUUGCCGACACCAGCAACGUCAUUCUCGUGCAUGUCGAGGCCAUGUUUGUGCCGUCCUUCUUCACGCCAGCCAUCAUAGCAGCGCUGGGCAGUGACGGCGCCAUGCUGCUGGGAUUCGUGGGCAUCAAUGACGGCAUAGUGUUUGGAGUGAACACCAUCGUGGCAUCCACUGCCAGUCUCGUGCUGCAAACCAUCAACAGCUGGCCCACCUUCCUCCUCAUCUACUCCCUCGCCUCCUCCCCCGCUCUCUUCCUCACUCUCGCCUUCUGGCUCGCGCGGCGACGCUUGCUGCCAUUCCAUUGGCCAGGAGUCACCCCCUCUGCUCCGCCCCUCUUGCCAGCACCAUCAUGUGCGCCCCCACCCGGGCAUACACAUGGUGCAUGGGGAGGGAAGGGGAAGCAGCUGGUGCCUUCCAGGCUGCCUGCCCUGUGCCCACCCCUCCCACCUGUUCCGCAGAUCCAACCCACCACAGCACAGCGCAACACCUAA